ACUGGCAGCGGGAGCGGCCUGGCCGCGGUAGAUUACUCAACAAUGGCAUUUGUGAAGAGCGGAUGGCUGCUCCGGCAAAGUACUAUUUUACGGCGCUGGAAGAAGAACUGGUUUGAUCUGUGGUCUGAUGGCCGCUUAAUAUUCUAUGAUGAUCAAAAUCGCCAUGACAUUGAAGAUAAAAUCCACAUGCGAAUCCAUUGCAUCAACCUCAGAGUGGGGAAUGAAUGUCGAGAUUUUCAGCCUCCAGAAGGGAAACAGAGAGACUGUUUACUGCAGAUUGUUUGCCGUGAUGGGAAGACAGUCAACCUCUGUGCAGAGAGUGCAGAUGACUGCCUGGCAUGGAAAAUUGCUCUCCAGGAUGCCAGAACAAACACAGGCUACAUGGGAUCUGAUGUGAUGUAUGAUGAGACAGCCAUUUCCUCAGCCCCUCCUCCCUACACAGCUUAUGCCACACCAUCACCUGAGGUUUAUGGCUAUGGCUACGAUCAGUACAGUGGCACGUAUCCCCCUGCUGGUCCUCAAGUCUACUAUGCCUCUAAUGGACAAGCUUAUGCUGUUCCCUAUCAGUAUCCAUACCAAGGACCUUACGGCCAACCACCUGCAAACCACGUCAUCAUUCGUGAGCGUUACCGUGACAGUGAUGGAGAUCUUGCACUGGGCAUGCUUGCUGGAGCAGCAACUGGGAUGGCUCUGGGAUCAUUAUUCUGGGUUUUCUAGAUUACCCUUUCCAUAUCUUUGUAGUUCCAAAAAUCUUGAUUGUGUGCAAUAAUAUAUUGGCAAUGUUGUUUACUGUUAAACUUUAAGAAAUGCAAUAGUUAUUUUUCAGUAGUGACAUCUUAAUAACUGAUUCUUAACUGUCUUAAGGAGAGUUUAAAGGCACCCUUUAGUUAAGUGGCUGGAGAUGGUAUGUACUGCUCUUGCAUUCUGAUAUUUAGAGUUAAAAGGAUUUAUACUGACAGGGAUCAAUGUAGGCAGCAAUGUAACAUAGCAGUUACUAGCUUUAUGAACAGAUUGUUAUUGUAAACAUUGCAGGAAAAAACCCACAUUUUCUGGAGGGUCUAAAAUCUAGUCUAAACAGGAGGUUUAUGGGAGUCCUGCAUUAGUAUGUAUGUACUAGUGGCUUCUAAACAUUCCCUGGACAAACAUGUAGCUUAGCAGAAACUUCUUGGCAUUAUGUAGUCUACCAUGCUUGGGAAUUUUUUGUUUUCAAACUUGCCUGCAGUGUGUUUCCUUAGAUGGAGUCCUAUACAUGUCUCACACCACCCAGAUGAAGUAUAAGCAAACCACUAAGAAGCAACAGCAAUCCUCAGUUCUCUUGUUCUCCCAGAAAUGUGAAUGACCAGUGGCAAGGGAGACCAAUGUUUGUUGUUCCACCUCUCUCUUUAACCUGAAUAAUUUUUCUCUGGCCAGAUGGAAGUAAUGGAUCUUUAGCUUUGCAAGUGGUCUUUCUUGUCUGUAUAACACUCACCUUAGACACUGUACCAACUGCAUUGCUGUGGAAGAGGCCAUUGUCCAGUGUCUCUGCUCAUUACUGCUAUUGCUCUGCAGAGUCUGCAGGAGAACUAUCUUGAACAGCCCUUGUCCUGUUUGGCUUACCAGAACUCCACUGCAGGCAGUAGUAGUCAGAAGGGAAGAGACAAACAGCAUAAGUAGACCCUGCACACAGGCACUUUGAUAUUAGCUGCCUUGCCAUGGCUAGGAUAGACUGCCUCUUAGCCUCCAAGGUUUACUGAACCAGUUUCAUUAUUAGCAACUAGUUUUGAGUACAGCUGAGCCUGGGUUUGUUCUAUGCACAUUUCCUCCCUCACAUCAGCUUCUUCCCUCUAUGACUUUUUUAAAAACACUCCAAUGAACCUGGCUGGCUUUGCUUGUAUGCCUGGUUUCUUAUAAAAUGUGCUCCUGCAGGCUGCUGUGCUGUGGACUGUAACCUGGAGUGCAACCAUUAUGUGUGUUAUGUGGCCUGUUACCUUAUCCUGUUAUAAUCAAUGCUGAGCUGUGCUUGGCAGGGGAAAGAAAGGUCUGAAGAAAUGCAUAUGCUUUCUUAUUCAGGUAAAAGAGGCAGGGUGCCUGAGUUAUUUAUAGUAAGAGGACUUACUUUUAUACUCCACUUCCAGCUUCCUGUAUUCAUACUGUUCUAAUAUGUUAAGUCUUUGUUAUGCUUUCAUUCAAAAGUAGGUUAAUUUCCUUAAGGUUAACGUAUGUCAGGAGAGAUGAAAAUAGAUGAGAACUCUCACCAAUAUGAAUUUAGAUCAAGCCUCAACCUUUUUCAUUUCAUCUUAAAGUUCUCUUAGCUCUAUCCAAUGUAUUUAAGCAAUAGAGGUCUUGAACAAGAGUUUGGGUAGCAGCCAGGGGAAGCACUAAUAUUUUCUGACUCUUAGGACCAACCCAACAAACUGAAAUCAAUAGAAGUAAACAGAUGGAUGUAAUCUUGGCUGCAUUACUUAAGAGUGGGCCUAAUCUGUGGAAUGCAAACUUCUUUCAAGAAACUUUGUUUUGCAGCAGUACACCAACGUACAUGCAUGUCCUUUCACUGAUUAAUAAAGGCUAUGUUCUGCCAGUGGUAUGUACUGAAAAGACUUGUUGGAUGUUCAAAAGAGGCCUAAAGCAAAAGUUUCCUAUUGCGAGUCCAAACCAAAGCAAAUUGGAGUAAACUACUGAAGUUCUCUUAGAGGUCAGAAAGAGACUGGAACUUACGUGAACAAAUAUUUUUACCCUUUUUGAGCCUUGAGAUAACCUGGAAGCUGAUUACAGAUCUACACUGCUGUUCAGUUUGUGCUUUGCAAUAUAGCUAAGUCUGCAGAAUGCCUCUAUCUCCUCUUCUGUCUGUGUGACAUUUAGAUUGUUAAGUGGGGGGGAAUAAAACAAUUGAACAGCAUUGUGAUUUCUUUUGAAUUUCAUAAUGAUUGUGAAAGAAUAGCACAAUGUAAAUCAGCUAGUCAUUUAUUUUAAGUUCAGAGUUUUAUUGUGUAGGUUUUUUGUUUGUGGGUUUUGUUACUCAGGAGAUGAGUGAAGGUUUGGUUGUAUCUAUACUAAUGUGUGGCUGGAUUUGUAGUCAUGACUCAGUAGCCUUUCUCUGCCCGAUCCAGUACUUCAUAUAUCUGCAGUUUGUGUAGACCCUAGUUUGAGCUGAAGGAGCAGGGCUCAGGUGGAUUUUGGGGCUUGGAGGGACUGCCUCUCCACCUUCUGCAAAUAGGUGAGACCAUUGUGAUGGGAAGAGGCAGCAGGUGUGGCAAGAUCAUUUUCAAAACAGACUGAAAUGACAGUCCUAACCAGGUGUUUGUUUCUAAGUGGUGCUAUUCAUGUUGCUGUGGUAUGAGCUUUACCUGCACAGCACCCAAGCACAUGCUUUCCUGCCUGGAGCCCAUUUAUAUGGGAGGACCAUAGCCACUACACUGCCACUGUUUUUUGCAGUAUACACCAUUCAGUUAAGGAUAACUAAGUCUGUUGUGUAGUCCAUCCAGAAUUGAAUGUCAGGACUUACAGAGGUCACCAGUCUAUAUGCUCAUCUGUGACUAGUUACUUUAUGAUGCUCAGUUCUGGACAACUAAACAGAGGCAGGCUUCCAGUGAGCAAGUCUGACCCCAAUAAGGAGAUGGACCAGGGCCCCGUCCCAAAUUCCUAGUUACAUGUGAAAACAUUGGUUUGUUUUCUUUGAAUGUGGGGGACUAGGGAGCCAGCCUCUUUUAGUAAGUGGGCAAAACCUCAUGACGUAGAGAGGAGGGGGUGGGAAAUGUUAAUAUACAGAGAACUGCACAGACUUUUAACAGACAUCGUUUUGAGUGCUGAAGCAGAUUCUGAGCUGUGUCUAGAUGGAGCUAUCCUAGUUGUCACACAAUGGCUUAAUUUUUUUUUAUUCUUCAAUGGAGAUUUAAUAGGUGCUGGAGCCAGCUAAACAAGCUGAGUAAAGGAGAAAAUUCACACUUGGAUUCCUCAGAUGUCUUUGUGGCUUUUCCUCCUCAUGCUAUGACUAAGACUAAGUCAUGGAGGGUAGCAUGCAGCAAAUGUUUCCUCCCCCCAGAUCCUUCAUGUUCUUGUGCACUCUAACUACUGCUUUUACUACAUGUCCUUGUUCUCUUAUUAAAAUUUACAGCAAACCCUUAGCAAUAAAAUUAAUA